AAAAAGAGAAGAAGAAAAGCCACCAAAAAUUCUCAUCAUCUACUCUCCAAUUCACUGAAUCCAGUCCAUAGAAACGACCAAAGGAAUUUCAAUUUGGUCUCUCCCACAUCUCAAAAGGCCACUCCUUUCCUUCUGCCUUCUCAUCGUCCUCAAAUUCCACGUAUUACAGCCGACCGGCCGCUUCUUAUUUUAUCCCCAUAUUUAUUCCAAACCCAAUUCCCCCUUUCAUCAAAUCCCGUUUUUCCCACUUCUCCUUUGCCAUGGCUCGUUUUUGCGACCUUCAAUCGCUUUCUUCCCCAUUUUCCUCUCACCCAACAAUACCCAGGUCCCCAAAUUUCAAACCCAUUUUCUCUUUUCACUGUAGCUCCUCAUCAUCUUCCUCUUCUUCCCCGUUUACGGAGAAACACUCCAUCAAGAGAUACCAAAGAGACGAUUGGUUGUACAAGAACCAAUCGGACCAACCUUCUGUUACUUCAUCGUGUUCUAUUCCUUAUGAUUCUGAGUCCAUACGGCAGAAUGACAUUGCCAUGCAGCUUCCGGAACUCAAGAAAUUGCUGGAGGUGCUUAGGGAAAAAAGGGUAAGUAGUGGAUGCGAUGAUGGAAAAUGUGGACCUGGGAAUGUGUUUCUGGUGGGGACUGGCCCUGGUGAUCCAGAGCUUUUGACAUUGAAGGCAGUGAAAGUGAUUCAGAGUGCUGAUUUGCUUUUGUAUGAUCGAUUGGUUUCCAAUGAUGUGUUGGAAUUGGUGGGUCCUGAUGCUAGGCUUCUCUAUGUGGGAAAGACUGCAGGUUACCAUAGCAGAACCCAGGAGGAGAUACAUGAGUUACUUCUGAACUUUGCUGAAGCUGGAGCUACAGUUGUGAGACUUAAAGGAGGAGACCCUCUUGUGUUUGGAAGGGGCGGAGAGGAGAUGGAUUUCUUGCAACAGCAAGGGAUUCAAGUAAAAAUUGUUCCUGGUAUAACUGCUGCUUCAGGUAUAGCAGCUGAAUUGGGAAUUCCUUUAACACACAGGGGAGUUGCAACGAGCGUCAGGUUUCUCACUGGCCACUCAAGGAAGGGUGGAACUGAUCCUUUAUUUGUAGCGGAAAAUGCUGCUGAUCCAGAUUCAACUUUGGUUGUAUACAUGGGUCUAUCAACUCUUCCAUCUCUGGCCCUUAAGUUAAUGCAUCACGGUCUGCCUCCUGAUACCCCAGCUGCUGCCGUUGAACGAGGAACAACACCCCAACAAAGAACUGUUUUUGCACAUCUGAAGGAUCUUGCAGAUGAAAUCAAAGCAGCAGAGUUGGUUUCACCUACUUUAAUUGUCAUUGGAAGAGUAGUUUCUCUCUCACCACAUUGGUCUCUUUCUUCCAAUGAAGCAUCCAGUUUGGUGGAAGCCUAAUAGAAUAGCAGAGCCUAUAAAAAGGUUAAAAGCAAACAAGGAAUAGUUCUUCAUUCUGUAACUUAACAAUUGUUACUUUGAGGAGCAACUGCGAUAAAAAGCUUGGGACGUUGAGUUUCUCCACAAAAUUUUGUUAUGAAUGAGUGUGGAAAAGAAGAAUUGCGAACAAUCCCAUCUAUUCUUCUGCAUUUAAUUGGUCUGCCCAUUGCAUUCAAACGAAUCGACUAGGAGUUUUCUCAAUGGAGGGGAGUGAUGCAGUGAUUUUCUUUAUCAGAUGCUAUACCCGAGCACGGUGAAGCAGCAUAUUGUCAUUGCCAUUUCUUGCAAUGAUUCAAAUAAAACUUCCAAACUUCAAGGUUUUUCUUAUAGUUCAUGAGGAAUCUUGUACAGUGAGAUUACUUUAUCAGCGACCAAUUUUGUUGAAGAAGUCUUCAUGGUGACUGAAAUUCAGAAGUUUUAUUGGACUAUCUGGUGUAUUUGUUAUCAGUUAACAUCUUUUGUUUUGUUCCCUUUUCUUGAGUUACUUCCAGCACUAGAAUUGUCUUUAUAUUGAAUAGAACUUUUAGAAAUGAAAAAUAUUGAAGGGCAUACUCAUUCA